ACAGCCAGAGACGCCUUCAGCCUCCUUAUAACAAGGGUGUACUAACGGGCUCAUACUUCAGGCAAACGCGGGGGCGAGGCGAAUUUGCCGUCAUGAAACAUUUGUAGCGAAAUAAGCCGAGUUAAAAUAAUUACUGUGUUCAAAUAUAGCGAAGUUGCAGCACACUCAUUGUAGAUGUGUAUUUGACGUCACAGUUUUGUGUUCGUGCCAAGUUUUGCGACAAGUAUGAUUCAGCCUUUGGGUACAAAACGAUGCAUAUUCAUUGUAUCAAAACCCCACAUGGUAAAGUUAUCUCGUACAUAUCGUCGAUUCCAGCCAGGAGAACUGUAAUUUGUUUGGAUUGAUGCACACCAGAGGUGGAACAGAGGUUGUGCGUCUCAUAUUUUUUUCUCAUUAAUGGGCAUACAAGUAUAGCAGACAACCCUUUGACGUUUUUUUGAAUUCCCAAACACUGAAAUGUUCUUCCAAGGGUCCUUUCGUCUCCUUGCCCUAGGUCCCGUCUAGGACCCUGAAAAAUCGUCCGAUCAACUCUCUUUGGUAGUUUUCCAGAAAGUUUACCAAAAAUUCAUUGCCAGGACAGCACUCUCUCAGGCAGGCAGCAUCGUAUAACGAGUCUCUGACGACAAUGGCACUCAGGCUGAUGUCCAAUUUAGCUGUGAUGGUAACUUUAGCAUUUCUGCGUGAACUUUGCGUUGGUAAUCCCAUUAGUGGACCUGAGUGGGCUGAGGUGCUGAGGAUUGGCACGAGAGUGGCUCGAGGACCUGACUGGAAGUGGGGAGAUCAGGAUGGUUCACCGCCUGGCGAAGGUAAUAUCGUUGCAGAACUGAACAGCAACGGGUGGGUCGAAGUACGCUGGGACGCGGGCAACAGAAACAGCUAUCGUAUGGGGGCAGAGGGCAAGUACGACCUGAAACUUAUCGAGGAUGCAGCUGUUCGCUUGGUGAAUGGUACUGAUGAGCUGAGCGGUCACGUGGAAAUCAAUCACGAUGGCACCUGGGGAACAGUGUGCGACGUGGGCUGGGACAUGGGGGAUGCUAACAUCGUCUGCCGUCAGCUAGGAAGUUUCUUGGAGGCAGUGGAGAUCAAGACGGGAUCGUUCUACGGGGAAAGUGAUCGGUCGAUCGUGAUGAGUCGAGUCAAGUGUAAAGGCACAGAGAGUCGGCUGGCUGACUGCCCGUUUGUUUGCACCAGCAAUCAUCCCUGUGAUAGCGCAAAGCUAGCAGGGGUCGUUUGCCGACCAAAACUCAAUACUGUCCGUUUGGUUGAGCGUUCGAAUCCAGUGAGUGGCCGCGUAGAGAUCUACCGUGAUGAUGCAUGGGGAACAAUUUGUGACAAUGACUGGGACAUUGACGAUGUCCAGGUUGUCUGUCGUCAACUCGGGUUCCCUGGUGCAGUGGAAGCGAAGUCCGGUGCUUACUUUGGCCGGGGAGACGGUCCAGUACACAUGGAAGGCUUGGCGUGCGAUGGCUCGGAGGAGCGACUGGCCGACUGCCCGUCUCAUUGCUGGGAGGAACCAACGUGCGGGCACGGGCAAGAUGCAGGAGCUGUCUGUCAAGAUGAUUAGUAACAGCAGAGAACUAUUGCGAAGUUAUCAGUUUGACCUAGUGUAUAUACUCAUUCAUACUGACUCAAAGUGUAGCUCGAAAAAACUGCAUGUAUUAAUGUUUAAAAUAUAAGACACACGAAAUUUGUCUGCAAAGUAAUGGCUUUUUACAGACCCUUUUACUUAGGCUUGAUAUCAAGUUGUUGGACAGCGCAGUCGCAGGCAAAAAACAAGCCGUUCUGCAUGGGAAUUUAAUAGUUCAAGUAUCUGUCCAUGAUACAUACACAGUGUAAAUACAACGCGCCCCUGUAUUUCGAGCAGGUGUAUCGGCUGGUAAGGAGUCCAUUAAUGGCGAGGACGGUAGAUUCGUCCAAAUGGACGAGGCGAAGCCGAACCCAUUCACAUACAUCUGAAGUUCCGAGUCUAUUCUCUUACUUGAACUGGGUACUAAUACAAAUAACACAAAUUAGAUUUGACGAUUUUAAAAGUCCAUAAAGAGAAAUGAGCAGUGAAAUUGAGAGAGUAGAAGUGAAAUCAGUGAAAGUAGAUACGAAACAAAGUGUUCAAAUUACUGAGAGACAAGGAUAAAAUGUACACCAUAAAAUAUCCUUGAUGUAACAGGAAAAUCGAAUGGAUUUAGUUUCGAAGAGCAGUUUUACGAAAAGAUAUGCAUGUAGUUUAAGCUUUAGUAGAUAUGGUGUAUUAUUUUGUCGUUUUAAAUUUUCGGUAUUUUCCCGUUUACAAUAAAAGAACUAAAAUCAGAUCAAUUUAAAAAAAAAAACACCCCGAAACUGUACAUUUUACAAAAAAGACUGGACUGUAACUUUUCAACUUAGCAGGCUGGCGCAUGGACUUGUUUUGCAGGGGAUGUUCACAAUACCUGUAGAUUCUGACACUAAUCAAAAGUUGACAGUAGAUUCCUCGAAAAAGUGUAGAUAUGGAGAAAAUAUUCUACAGUUCACUGAAUAGAGUGACUUCACUGGAGUAUCGUUUAAAUUCAAAUAAAGUAAUGCAACCUAGGAGCAUGAUUAAACUUCACUUGGACUUUAAGGAAUUUCAAAGGUCAAUUUAGACGCCAUCUGUCUCCACCUGCCUUGAAAUAUUGUCAAAUGCUGUAAAAACUUAGGCAGUUCAAGUUUAAAUUUCCUCCAUGGUAUAACGGAACGCAGCUGCACUACCACAGUACAGUAAAGAUUCAGUGCUUCAUUAUCUCCUGACCCAUUUCUGAUCAAAAGCAAUGUUUUGGCAUAUCACAAUUUCAAUAAAAUACUUUUCAGUUUAGUACAGGUAA